UUAAAAUGGCGGAUGUCUCAAGUAAUGAGCGCAAAAUAAAAGUUAUCAAAACUGGAAAAGUUAUUAAGAAACGUGUUCGAAAUCCUGAAGAAUGGCACAAACAAAAACAAAAACGCUUGAGAAUCGCUGGAUUAGAAUAUAUAAACGUAAAUGGAAAAGUUGUUCCACAAAAAAAGCCUGGCCCAGACUGCAACUGCCGCCGGAGAUGUUUUCAAAAGGUACCUGAAGAUGUCAGGCUGAGAACAUUUCAAGGUUUUUAUUCCAUGAAAACUCAUGAUGAACAAAAUGCUUACUUAUUUGGCUUAAUGCGGCAGGUUGAUGUGAAAAGGAAAAGAGUAAAAAAUAGCAGUAGACGAACAUGCACAUUUGAAUAUUUUGUAAGAGUCAAAGGAAGGGAGACUCAAGUAUGUCAGACUGCAUUUAAAAACAUACAUGCCGUCUCAGAAAGGAAAGUCAGAGUUUUAUGUAAAAAGAUGGAUGAUGGUAUUAUGUUCCCCAGUGACAAUAGAGGAAAGAAUAGCCAUCGGCGCUCUGGUGAAGUACGUCUGCCUGCAGAUAUAAUUGAUCAGAUAAAAAAUCACAUUUAUUCAAUUGUUCACACCCACAGGCUGAAGGACUUCAUUAGACUUGAUAAAAUUGCUGGCCUUGAAAUAAACAUUUCCAAAAUGUGGAAAGAUUACAUUAAGAGUUAUGAUCCAGACAAUUUAUCAGCCACAUUACCGAAAUCCAAAAGAAAUAUAGAAGUAAUGCAAACUGAGACAUAUCAUCCGCAACCUACCCCUCCACAAGAAGCUUUUGCUCCACUCAGUUACCCAGGCAGCGGCCAUUUGGUUAAUAUUGCUGAAAACUAUUUUCAAAAUCAAUACCAGACUGCCACCCUGACUCCAGCAACAAAUUUUUAUCAAACCCCAAAUGGAGGACAAGGUAUGGGGAUCCUGCUUCAAUCGACAUCACAGAGACCCACUCAGACUACCACAGCAUACAUUGUGCUUCAAGCCAAGGCUGAACCUGAUCAGAAUUCUGCACUUGCUAUUGAUAACACCCCUAUGAAUCAAAACAGUAACUUAUCACAAGCAGUCAAUGAACCUGAGAAGAAGAAAAUAAAAAAAGAAAGAAAAAAGGGUCCAUUAGUCAAACAGUGGAGAUAUAAUAACAUAUUUCAUGAUGAAAUAAAUGGGGCAGCACUUGCCGCUAUAAAAACUAGGUUAGGAAUGUAUUAUGCUGAAAGUGAUGCUGCAAGAAAGAAGGCAAAGCAAGUGCGCUCUACUGAUACCACACAAUCACAAAGCCCUCCUGAACAAUUAACACAAUUAGGACAAGCUGUCACUAACGUUACUAUUUACACCCACAGGCCAUAGCUUUAGUUUUUAGCCUUCCAUAAAAUGAAAUAAGGCCUAACAUAAUGUUACUAAUAAUAAUAAAAUCGGUUCUAAGAGUGCCUGUCAAAAAUGUUAUACUUUAGGAUUAACUUUGUUUAUAUGGAUACGAAAGCUUGAAUCGUAAGAUAUAUGAUUGUAUUUAAUUUAAUAAAAUUUGAUUUUGUGAAUAUUUACAAUACAUUCUAUUCUAUUUUAUAAUCUAAUGAAGUAACAAUAUGAUGACAAUACUUUGAAUAGUUUGUGACUCCAAAAUCUAUAUUUAUUUCUUAAAAGUUAGGAUAGCAAGCUUAAAUUUUAUGUUACUAAUAGAUCAUUAAGCUACAUCCAUACUUUUGCAUUAUGACAUUACAUAGUAAAUUAUGAGAUCUCAUGUAAUUACAAGAUAUAUUAUUACCUGUACUGUUUUGCUAGUAGACAUUAUUUUGUAAAGUAAAUUAAAACCUAUUAAUAGUUUCAUUUUCACAAAGCGAAAAACCUCACUAAGAAAUAGGUAAAUCAUUUCGAAAGUCAAAGCAUUAGCACUAGAUGCUAAAUGAAAACGCAUUGUGUACGAUUUCUACAGUAGCUUGCAUUGGCAUUUUAAUCAGUUUGAUAUUUUUCAAUGUUUUUUUAAUCAGUGUUAACAUACUUUUAAUUUUUUUUUUGGGAUUGAUUAAUUUUGAAACGAUUUCUAGAAUUAUUCGAUAUGUCGCUAUAGAUGCUGAUAAAACAUGUUUUUUUGGCAUCACUCUUGACCUUGAAUGUGAAAUCUUGAGUCUUCAAAUCGGAACAAUUUAACGCACCUAGGCAGAAAUAAGACUAUAUCACGAGCAUCGACGAGCGGUUGUAGUAGAAUGUGGUGUGGUUGACCAACUACAACCGGUGUACUCGAAAUUCCUUUAACUCUUAAUGCUAUCAGAUUUUGAGGUAUAUAGAUUUUUUUAAUAAUUAGACCCUAUUUUGAGUAUCC